AUGGCUCCGCUGGCCGAGGUGGCCAACUACCUGACCGGACUGGACCCCCUGGGACAAGUGGGAUCGCACUUCUUGCUGCCUCCUCCCGCCCGGGACGCCCCCCUGUUGUACAAUGACCCCCUGGGACAACCCGAGCGCCUCUCCCGCAGCGCCCCAUCAGACCUGGCCCAUCUCCAGGGCAUCCUGCGCCGCCGCCAGCUCUACUGCAGGACGGGCUUCCACCUCCAGAUCCUGCCGGACGGCAACGUGCAGGGCACCCGGCAGGACCACAGCCGCUUCGGUAUUCUUGAAUUCAUCAGCGUUGCCAUUGGUCUAGUCAGCAUAAGAGGCGUGGACACUGGUCUGUACCUUGGGAUGAAUGAUAAAGGAGAACUUUUUGGAUCGGAAAAAUUGACUUCUGAGUGCAUUUUCAGAGAACAGUUUGAGGAAAACUGGUAUAACACUUACUCAUCCAACCUAUACAAACAUGGGGACUCUGGUAGGCGAUACUUUGUAGCACUUAAUAAAGAUGGUACGCCAAGAGAUGGAGCCAGGGCUAAGAGACAUCAAAAAUUUACACAUUUUCUGCCCAGACCUGUAGAUCCAGAAAAAGUGCCUGAACUAUAUAAAGAAGUAAUGGGAUAUAGUUGA